AUGGAUAACGCUGGAGAAGCAUCGAGCAGCCGCCGAAAGAGGCAAAGACUAAUCUUCAUCGAGAGUACUGAUGAUGACAUGAUACAUACUGGGACACUACUCGAGCUUGAUCUUUUGGAUUGUCCGAUUUGCUGCCACCCACUGACCAGUCCUAUCUUUCAGUGUGUAAAUGGGCAUAUAGUUUGCUCGUCUUGUCGUCCCAAGCUAGGGAAUAAAUGCCCUUCCUGCACUUUGACCAUUGGUAACAAUCGGUCUAGAAUAGCGGAGAGACUUGUGGAGGCAGUCCUUGUCCCAUGCCGAAACGCCAAGCAUGGUUGCCCAGAGAGAUACACUCAUGGGAAAGAGUAA